AUAUACCAUUCCCAAUUCUAUAUAGAUCCAAUUAUUGAGGAGGAAAUAAAGAGAAGGUCAGAGGAGGAGAUAAAAAGAAGGUCAAAAGGCGUGCAGGGGGAUCACUUCUGUCAAUAACCCACUUUCAAGCGUAAUCUGUUGGCCCUCGAAAGAAUCUAUGGUUGCGUUUGUGACUUUGUGGUCUGGUCACUGGUGCCAUUGUUCCUUCCCCUCUCUCCCCAGAUGUGAAUUGCUUGUCUGGAACGCGAACGCACACCUGUGCUACGAAAACCCAUUUGCUCAAUGUUUAGAGAGAGAGAAACCCAAUUGCUCAAUGUAUUCAUUUUAGAGAGAGAGAGAUAGAGCAUUAUCUGUAAAGAGGAGGAGAAGCCAUUUGAAGAAAGAGUUGGCAAAAAUGAAGAGGAGGGUGGCGUUUGUUUUGGUAGAUGGGAUUGGUGAUGUUUCAUUGCCUCAAUUUGGGCACAAAACUCCAUUGCAAGCCGCACAUUUACCCAAUUUGGAUGCAAUAUCUUCAGCAGGGGUUAAUGGACUCAUGGACCCUGUUGAACCAGGUCUUGCUUGUGGCAGUGACACUGCUCAUCUCUCUCUUUUGGGUUAUGACCCAAGAAUCUAUUACAGGGGUCGUGGAGCGUUCGAGUCCAUGGGUGCUGGCUUGGCCAUGUCACCUGGAGAUAUUGCCUUCAAGUCAAAUUUUGCUACUUUGGAUGAGACCACGGACAUCGUGACAAGUAGACGAGCAGAUAGACAUUUUGAGGAAGAGGGACCAGUACUUUGUGCAGCCUUGGAUGGAAUGAAGUUACCAUCUUUUACUGAAUAUGAAAUCCGAGUCAGAUAUGCCACAGAACAUAGAUGUGGAGUGGUUGUUAAAGGGCCCAAAUUGAGUGGAAAUAUAUCUGGCACUGAUCCCUUAAAGGACAACCGGUUGUUAUUAAAAGUGACUCCUCUGGACGACACACAGGAAGCAAAGAAUACUGCUGCUGUUGUCAAUGAACUAUCCCAGGAGAUAUCACGUAUUUUGGUUUCUCACCCACUGAAUGCAAAACGGGCCUCAGAAGGAAAGAGCAUCGCAAAUGUAGUCCUCUUACGUGGUUGUGGAAUUCGAAUUGAGGUUCCAGCAUUUGAAGAGAAGCACGGGCUGUGGCCUUGCAUGGUAGCCCCAACUAAAAUCAUUGCAGGGUUAGGGCUGUCUCUAGGAAUCGAUAUUUUGGAAGCACCUGGAGCAACAGGAGAUUAUCGAACUCUCUUGACUUCAAAAGCUGUAGCUAUUGCCAAAGCACUUACUGCUCCUUUGCAAUCUCCCCCUCUUGUUUUUGUCCCAGGAGAGGAUGAUCAUAAACCAGGUCGAGCCGAUGGCUAUGAUUUCGGCUUCCUCCACAUCAAGGCGAUAGACGACGCAGGCCAUGACAAGGCAAGCCAGUUCAAGGCUCGAGCCAUGGAAGUGGUCGACAAAGCCAUUGGUCAGCUUGUCCGUCUUCUUUGGGAAGCCCAAAGAAAGGGUCACUGUUCAUACUCUCUGUGUGUAACCGGUGACCACUCCACACCAGUUGAGUAUGGAGACCACAGCUUCGAGCCUGUGCCCUUCUCUCUAUGCAAGCUUGAGGAUUUUGUGGAUGCAAGGGGUGGUGAGGCUGUAGUUAUGGGAGCUUCACUUGACCCAUUUCCUCUCCCUUCAGUUGAAAGCUGUGUAGGUGGUAGGGAGAGAGAGUUCACUGUGGAGAAGAGAGAGAAUGAGGUCAGGGCUUAUGGGGGUGAUUCUGUCAGUGAGUUUAGUGAGAUUGCAGCAGCUAGGGGGUGUUUGGGACGUUUUCAUGGGAGUGAGAUGAUGGGGAUCAUAAAGAGGCACCUCCAACAUUGAUACGUGUGUGUGUGAGAGAGAGAGAGAGAGAGAGAGAGUUGAAAAGAAAAUAGGCGCUUUGAGGGGGAGAGACCAAUUUCGAGAGGGAGAUACUAAUUGUAUGUCCUUGCUUUGGUUAAUGAUAUGAGAAAUCGUUAAGCGGUAGUA